AUGCGAGCCCUGCUGUUGGUAACACUGCUAGUCGCAGGGGCCCUUGCCACUGCUCCAGAAAAGCCCAGGAGGCACUUGGGCACGCGGAACGCUGCCAACAUCAACGACUACAUCGACCAAGUGCUGCCCAACAUCGCACAGUUCUUGGCGGACAAUGGGCUGGACCCCAUCGCAUUGCCGGAUGACGUCCAGAGCUUCUCAGAGGAAGGCCCGCUGGGGACCGUGUGGCACGGAGAGGUGGGGCUCUUCGACGGCUCGUUGUCCGGGCUGUCACAGGUGGUCAGGGCGGGGGACGCCUUCCUCGACUACUCCGACCUCCACUUCAAGGUCAACAUGACGCUCGGCUUCACUGCAGUUGACCUAACCUACGGCUUCGAGUGCCAGCUGAUGGACAUCGGGCCCAAAGGCACGCUGUACGGAACGGUGCACGACCUGGCCGUCUUUGCGGAGCUCUCGCUGGACAUGAGCAACCUCACCAGUCCAGCUGUCGCGCUCAACGAACUCUACUUCUCCAACGCGGGGACGCUCGACAUUCACAUAGAGGGCAUCGGACUGGACCUUCUUGACAACAUCCUCGCCGACAUCGUGACGGGGCUCUUCCAUGAUGUCAUCCUCGACGCCAUCGAGGACAAAGCUCGUGAGGUGAUUGAGAAUGCGUUGGAUGGACUGAGUAUGAAGACGCUGCUGCCUUUCGUGAGCAGACUCAUCAUCAACCACCGCUCCCACCUGUAG